GUCAUUCCAGUUAUUUCGACCACGAGGUGAUAACUCUUGCUUUCUUUGUCUACAGAGAAUAAUAAAUUUAUGAACGGGUGUGUUGAACCAGUGAAUCAGUUGGAAAAAGCAGUCGUGCAUCAAGACUUAUGGGUAAAUAAAAGAAUGAAAAUGUCUCCAGCCCAUUUGCAAUUAUCGAAUAAUGCCUGUGCCCCAAAGUGCUGCAUGUGCCGUUAUGUCGACACGAAAAGGCCUCUCGACACGCUGACGAGAAGUUGUAUUGCACAAACUGCUAGUAACGGAUUUGAAUCGUGAAUGGAAGAACUCUUGCAGUGUUGCAGACGAGAAAAUAAUGGAAGAAAAGAAGAGACGCGUGGCGACGUCGGCCGAUGACCGAUACGCUGCACCAACAUGGUCGACCUGACCUCAAUUCUCCACACAAUUAUAUUACACACACAAGUGCAUCAGCACCCAGGAGGAAAACCGACCGGAAUCAGGAAAGAUUUUUUCGCCCAGUCAUAUAAUUCUUGUGUGAAUAAGCUUUCCUUUUUCUGGGGUAGCAUAUGAUGGCCCACAAUCUAAACUACUAGUAUAGAGAAGGUCCGCAUGACAUAAACACACGAGUGGCCUACAUCCCAGUAUAAACAAAAAACCUGUUCUUCUAAAUUUGGCCAGUUGGCUGAUUUUUGCUUCAAAAGUUACCGCGCGACACUAAUGAACUAGAGCCGGCCAUGUCGUUAUUUUACGAUAUAGGUUGGUGUUAUAGAUGUAAAAGCGUGAGAAAGAAACACGUGGAAGGAAAACCCAAAACAAGACGGACAAAAUUUCUAUAUAGUCUCCCGCUAUAAUACCAAAAAAAUGGGGUUGCCGUUUGGGUGGGCGGAGUUUGAGAUAGUCACGUGACUUGUUCUUCAAGAAAAGAACCUUCUCCACUUGCUGGGCUUGCUGUUGCCUUUUUUCCUCGGCAUAUAAAAACGACCGAGUAAAGUCUUGGCCAGCGUUCACUUACCAACCUCAACCCAAGGCGUCUACUCUGCAGCUCCGUGAAUUGAAUUCUGAAUUUGAUCUUUGAUUAGUAAAAGGUAAAUAUCACAAUGGGUCGUCAAAAUUUAGGAUGCUGCCUGGUUGCUCUAAUUGUCCUCCAGCUGGCACUUCCGGCUUUGGCUCUUCCUCAGAUGUUCAACAAAUUCGCUGAACAAGGCAGGAAAUUCGCCGUUAAACCCAACUCGAACAAAAAAGUGAUUACCGAAUCCAACGAAAUUGCGCCGACCGAACAGCAGAGCAAUGGCGGAUUCCAAUGGAGCAACAUUUUGGGCAUGCUCAUCCAGAUGUUUUUGGGUGGCUCUUCCGGCGGAAUUGACAAGGCAGACUCUGGAGUCAACGCAGCUCAGGGUGGCUUCAACUGGAUGAGCCUGGUGAACUUGGGCCUUCGUCUGAUGCUCUCCACUUUGAAUAACGGCGGCUCGGGAGUUGCAGGGGGACUCGACAAAGCCGAUUCCCAAUCCGGUUCUGCUGCGGCUUCUCUCUCUCAGUUGAUCCAGCUCAUUUCCAGCUUGAUGGAUGCCCUUAAAGUUAGCUUCUCUCAACGCAGUUCCACUGCCCGAUCCCUCGGAAGCAAGGACCCAUUCUCUGAUGCUGCUGUCGCUGCCGUCACAAUCAUGAAGGGAUACGUCGAUACCCACAAAACCACCGAUGAGGUUUGCAUGCAACGCAUCAUGUGCGAUGCCAAUAACGCUUGCGCUCGUGACGCUCCCGAUUCCGGCUACCUUUUCUGCCAGCUCGGAACUUAUGCUGCCAGCUACUUGUUGGAAAAAUCUACCUUCACCCCAUUGGAUGCUUACACCCAGGCUGGCCGACAGGGACGUACUGGCGAAAGCUGCGCUCAGAUCUACUCCCAGUGCAAUGAGCUCUAAACAACGAAACAAUAUUUGAUUGAUUGAAACUUUAUACUCCGUUUUUUUUUUUUUCAAUUUUUAUCCUCCCAACAACAACAACACAAAUGAUAAAACCCGCUCUAAUAAUUCCCUAAUUUAAAACAAAAACAAAAACCUCCAAAAUGUGAAGAAGAAUUUGAUCUGAAUUUGAUUUGAUCCAGCGGGCUGGAACCGCUUUUUAAUUAUAUGUGAGACUAUUAAAAACCAAUGAAGAAAAUUUCUUGUUGUCUUUAUAAAAUUAAAUAAUUCCUCUUUGAUGCUUUUGUGAUGGUUUAACGAAAAAAAAGACAUAAAUUAUUUCGAAAAGAA